GCUCCUUCUAAAGGGAGGGGUCCUCCUUGAAAUUCAGUUUCCCUGGCAACUCUUGACAGCACCGCCGUCUUCCAGACAUGUGUUUGGCCUGCACUUGAUUGGUCGAUGUCUCGUCCAGCUCCAUGUCCCGUUUAUACUUUGAGAGGGGCCGGCGCUCCUCUUAACACCCUCCACUUCAGAUGCUCUGGAGGUGACAGCCCCCUGCUGUUUUCUGGGUCUGCAAAAGGCGCCGUCCACAUCUGGAACUUGAAGAGCCGGAGGGCAGAGCGGGUUCUAGAGGGUCAUGGUAGUAAUUCAGUCAUCUGGGUCAGCACACUGCAGACAGGAGAUACUCUCAUCAGUCAGGGACGUGACAUGCGGGUCUGCCUGUGGGAUCUGACAGAAGGCCGCAUCGAGGCGCUGGACUCCGUGUGGACGGGCAGUGUUGGAUUCUGUCAGUGCUCCGUGCUGGAAACGAGCCCGUCCAGCUACCUGCUGGCCUUUGCUGGCCCACAGACCGAAGAGAUCAAGAUUAUCGAGAUGCCCAGUAAGAACCCGGUCUGCACGCUGACACCAGACACGAAGCUGGGAAUGGUCAUGUGCGUACAACUGUGGAAGCCUGACUCGGGUCUCGGACCGCUCCUGUUGGCUGGAUACGAGGACGGUUCCCUGUUGCUGUGGGACGUAACCCAGAGGUCCGAGCUGAGCCGUGUCAAAGCCCACCCCGAGCCCGUUAUGUGCCUGACCUUUGACCCCGGCCGUCUGAGGGGCGUAUCGGGCUCCUGUGAGAAGAAGCUCUCUUCGUGGAUGCUGGACGGCCAGAACCACAUACAGCUCCAGGACUGCGUGACGCUGGUCAAUCCUGGCGUUUCUCAGCUCUGCGUCAGAAGCGACGGGCGGCUGCUGGCAUCUGCGGGCUGGGACCACCGAGUGCGAGUGUUCGGCUGGAAGAAGCUGCAGCCGCUGGCGGUCCUUCACUACCACACGGACAUGGCGCUCAGCGUGGCCUUCUCUGAUCACCAGGACCCCAGGCAAAGACUGCUGGCUGCUGGGUCAAAGGACCAGCGCAUCAGCCUGUGGUCCAUUUACAACCAGAAUGCCGACACAUGCUGAUUCAAUGAGCUCUCUGGGUUUCAGUCUGCAGAGUGAAAUCAAAAUAUCAUCUGCUCUGUUUUAUAGUGACCCAGUUUGACUCUUGGCAUGGGCCGGUAUCAGAUUCUCUCAGCUUGAGAACUCCGAGGAACAAAUGGAAGUUUUACAAAAGAACAGAACGUAGUUUGCUUUUCUGUUUUAAAAUGAGAAAAGCAACAAGUAUUCCUUCUGCUCAAAUAUAUUGUUUAAAAAAGCUACAAAAAGAAUUAGGUUAAUUUUGAUAGCCUUAACUGGAUUUAGUUAUUGAUAUUACUGGCUUAAUUAGUAGUGCUAUCUGCUGCUGUACCUAGUCUGCAGCCAACUGCCUGUAGCUUGCUAGCCGUAAUUCUACAUAAUAAUAUUAAGGUGAAUUCUUCACCUUAAUAACAAGACAUAAGUGGGAUUCCUUUAAUUUCCACAUCAUGACUGUCCUGUUUUUUUUAACCAGGAUUAUGGAAAAUGUUUUUACGCUUCUUUCAGCUUUAACAUCGGAGACGAGGCGUUGGCGUCGCUCCCUCCCGUUUCCUGCUAUCUCAUUAAAAGGUUUUUAAAUUACAGCUGCGCCUAUGAGUGGUCCAUGAGAUCGGAAUUGUGUAAUUCAGAAAUUACUUGUUCAAAUACUGUACAUUUUUUGUGCAUUUUUUUCUGUUGAGUAAAUACAUUAAUAAUAUAAGCGACAAUUAUUGUUUUUGAUCCAUAGAUUCAAUUGUGAGAAGAAAAAUCAUAAUUUAAUGCAUGGAUAUCAUAAUCUCAAGUAAUUGUUUUGUGUACUUUUCUUAAUCAAAACACCUGCAAAUUUUAAAAAAAAAAUCAUUUCUGCAUUACAGGAAGCAUUGAAAUUGAUAAAAAUUCAAAUAGACCAGUCAGAUCCCUAAGAAUACCAGAAACUGGUGUUGGUCUAGAAAAGACUAAUUGUUGUAUCCCAUUAACUCUUAACUUCUUAAAACUUUUAUACUUUGAUACCGGUAGCCGCAGUGAUUGUGUUGACUUAUCAGAUGGAAGCUUUGCUCCAGUGGACAUGAAUUUGAGGUGUAUAGCACACCUGAGCAGCUUUGUAAUCCUGUGUUGUUAUUCUUCCAGCUUUCAGCCUGACCUGAGCUGUAUUAGUCAAACAAAGUUCACCAGAGGGAGGGCUGGCUACUUUUGUUGCAAGGCGUAGAUAAAGGAAACUCUACUAAGUACAAUGGAUCUACCAGACUGAGGGUUUUUUUAUGAAAGUUGGCCAAUUGUGGAUGUCUUUUCUGGAGUAGAUAAAGGUACAAGGUCUAAAGGACAAUAAAUUUCAAAUUGUUUUAAAAAAAAAACAACCCCCAGACUGUCUGUAUUGGCAGGAUUAUUUUAGUUAUUGUUCAGUGAGAGUAUCAAUAAAUACCAAUAAACUUGAAAAUAUGUCUAAAUCUA